CCUCCCCUGUUGCCCUGUAAACUUUCAAGUUGAGCACACCCAAGCUCAAAAUAAUUCAGGUACUGAUCCUUCUGGAUCCUUAAUAAAGGCUGGAGUCUGAAGGCUUCCUCCCUGGUUGUCAUGGCAACGACAAGAGCUGUCGGCCCUCUGUUAGCAUAAACCAACAGCAAGUGCAAGACCACACAUUCCACACAGACUUGAAGAUUUACCCAGCUGUAGGGCCAGAAUGGAGCGUCAAUGGUCAGACCAAACUUGCAAGGGAAAAAGGGGAGCACCAUAGUUUUAACCCCUAAAAGUGGUUGGCAUUGGCUUGAUUCACCGAAUGAAAGACAACCCAACAAAUGAGUGUCAUUGUAUUAUCUGUGAAAAAGAUGGCUCUGCCCUUUGGUCAACACCUCCUUCUAAUGAGCUUCUUUGGCUUUUUUGCAUACAGCAGCUUUGUCAGAGGUGAAAAGAACAACACACUGAUUUUCACCAAGGAAAACACCAUUCGAAAUUGCAGCUGUUCUGCUGAUAUACGGGAUUGUGAUUACAGUUUGGCCAAUCUGAUGUGCACUUGUAAAACUGUUUUACCCUAUACAAUAGAGCAAGCCAGCUAUGACAGUGAUCUGACUAUUUGGUUCACAGACAUCACUGCACUGGGCUUCCUACUGAACUUUACAUUGGUUAGGGAUCUGAAGCUUUCUCUAUGUAGCACUACUACUCUCCCAACAGAAUAUCUGAUUAUUUGGGGACUGAAGAGACUUCGAAUCAACACAGAAGUCAAGGAUCAGUUCCCAGAACAAAGCUUAUUGAUACACAGCAGUGAUGACAGUGAUUUUAAGGAAGAUAAGCCUAAACUGCCCACAGAUAGGCAAACAUUUUUAUAUGUAUCAUUCUUGGAUACAGCUCUUUUCAAUGGGGAAUCUUCUUUGAAAUCAUACAGCAUUGAAAAUGUUAUUAGUAUCACAAACAACUUCCCUUACCUUUCUUACUUCAAAAUGUUUUCCAUCCCAAGCAACAAAAGCUAUAUUGUUACAUUCAUUUAUUGAUAUUGUAUUGUGGUCAGUUUUGAUGCAUAUAUUAACAAAAUAUGGUUAAUCUGUACAAUGUAUAUCUUUAAAGAAUUUGUGUCUUUGCAAAUACCAAUUUACAACUAGCUUCUUCCUUCCCCGCCAAGCCACUGAUAUUUCCUUCAACCCAUAUUUCCAUCAGACUUCUGGGGAACCAUGAAAUCAUAGAUCUAGAACUGAGAAUUACUUCAUAAGCUAUCUAGUCCAAAUUCUUCAUUUUAUACAAGAGGAAAAUGAAACCUAGAGAGAUUAAGUAACUUGUCCAAACUUAUAUCAGAGAUGGAAUUUGAACUCAGGUCUUAUUUGAAACCUCAAAAUAGCCCUGGGAAAUAACUGCUAUUUAUUUGCAUUUUAUAUCUGAGAAAACUGAGGCAGAUAGAGAUUAACUGAUUUGCCCAAGCCUCACAGGUUAUAAGUGUCUGAAGGUGGAUUUAAACUUGUGAUUUCCUGACUCCAGGUCCUCUCUACUCUACCACAUAGAUGCCUCUAACUACCUUUGGCUCCAGAGCUCAUGAACUUUCCAAAAUAGCAUGAUGUAUUGCCAUAGAAGCCAUUUGGGGGUGGGUGGGUAGGAAAUGGAGCAUGCAUGAGCCUAGAAAUGGAGAAAGAAAAGAAGGUAUGAAAAACAAACAAGGCCUAUGUAAUUGAACCAAGAAACUACCAGAAGAUACUUUCAAGGACUCUUUCACUCUACAAUUUCCAACACCUGCAUUUCCACCAGAUUGAAAUAAAUUUGGAUUUACAAACUUCUUUUUUAAAAAUUCUGAGAGGUGAAGGGCCAAUAUACUAGUCACAUAUUACUGUGAAUGUUCAGUCAGAAUGCUUUCAUCCUAAUAUCUAGCUAAGAACAAUUGCAGUGAGGGAAGGAGGGAUUUAGUUGGGGGGUCCUGGUGUAAGAGAGGUAAGUAAUGGUAGAACAUGCUGCACUUUGAAAAUUAGAGCAAGAUUGGGUAGAAAAAAAAAGUGGAGGUUCCUUGAAGUCCCUGAUACAGAGAAACAGCAUUAGGAGAAGAGAGAAGUUGCAAAGGAGAUAGAAAGAAAUCUUUGCCCAUUUAAACAUGUGCUCAGGUCUGGCCCUAUCCAGGAAAAAUGGAAGAGGAUCUCUUCUUCCUUCCCCUUCAUCCUGUAUCACAUGAUCAAGAUGCUCUCAAAACCAGUAAAUAGGCCAAUCAUAUUAAAAUGUAUUUGAACAAAAUCCCUUUUAAGAAGUGAUGUUUUUCAUUUAUUAUAUUUGUAUUCCCAGCACCUAAGCACAGUACUUGAUAUCCAGUGCUUAAUAAAUGCUAAUGGAUUACGGAA